GAUGAAGCGAAUAACAAGGAUCCGAAGGAAUAUCAUAGGCCUUACGUUGAGAGGAAUCAAUUAUCAAACAACAAGAUUCAAGACCUCCAUGACUUCUCUCCCGCGUAUACUCUUCUUCAACCCUGUCCGUCAUGCGCACCAAGCGUACGAGGCCCUACAAAGCGUAGCAGCCUGCGAAGUCGUCACCAGCGCCUCCCGCGCAGAAUUCUUUUCAGACAUUCGCGGGAAGUACAACGAUGUACAAGUCAUAUACCGCACUUCGGCCAGCGGAGCCGUUGCUGGCAACUUCGACGAAGAAUUCAUCUCCCAUCUCCCUCCAUCACUAAAAUAUAUCUGCCAUAAUGGCGCCGGGUAUGACCAAAUCGAUGUACAUGCCGCCGCCGCGCGUGGCAUCUCCGUCACCUAUGCGCCUGAUCCAGUUACAGCCGCAACCGCUGAUUUAACGCUCUUCCUCCUCCUCGGCGCCUUACGACAGCUCAAUCCGUCCUUCAGCAAGCUUCGCAGUGGUCAAUUCAAAAAGGGUGUCGCAUUUGGACACGACCCGCAAGGCAAAACCCUCGGUAUACUUGGGAUGGGCCGCAUUGGUCGUGCCGUGAAGGCCCGUGCGGAUCCAUUCGGCCUUAAGACCGUGUAUCACAAUCGCAACCCUUUACCAAACGACCUAGGGGCCGGCGCUUCCUACGUAUCGUUUGAUCAACUCUUGGCGGAAAGCGACAUCAUUUCGGUUCACGUUCCGUUGUCCGCGAAAACCAAGCAUCUGAUUGGUGCGAAGGAGAUUGCGAAAAUGAAGCCUGGUGUUGUACUCGUGAAUACGGCACGUGGAGCUAUCAUUGACGAGGCUGCAAUGGCUGUUGCCCUGGAUGAGGGGCGCAUUGCGGCUGUUGGGUUGGAUGUUUACGAGCAGGAGCCGUUUAUCGAUGAGCGGUUGAUGAAAAACGAGCGGGCACUGUUGGUACCGCAUCUAGGCACACAUACGACCGAGACAUUGGCAAAAAUGGAGGCGCAUGCGAUGGAGAAUGCGAAGAGAGCGGUACUGGGUCAGGAUCUACUGACUGUUGUACCAGAACAAUUAGCGAGGUCAAAUGGGGUAACUGGAGUGCAUUGAUUAUAGUUUGGGC